AGGUAGUUAGCUAAACGAUGUACUGAAGUCAAUAUUUUAUACAUUUGUCUAAAGGAGGGUCAGUAUAUUAACAAUAAUUUGUGUCCAGAAUUCAUGAUGUGUCAGAGAAGAUAUUGGUGUACAGUCUGAUGAUACACAGUACUAUGCUCUAUAGUCUUUAUUCAUCUUGAGAAUUAUUUCUAGUUUACAUAAUUAGUGAUAACUUAGAAAUUAUUACCGGUUCUUUUGGAAAAAAUAUUUCUGGGUGUUAUGUACUAUGUAAACAGUAAGGUACUUUUGUGAGAAAAUAAUUAUAUACUGUAGUGCUGUACAAUAUUGAACAAAAAUUUAAGUAUUUACAAUGAAUAUUAUUUGCUCAUGAGGCAGAUAAUGUAUGAAUUAAUGAGUUAUAAAAUUUUCCGAAUGGCAUAGGAUCAUUGUAUAACUUGGUAGAAAUAUAUGUGAAUAUAUGUAAAAACCAAAUUCAAGAUGGCUCUGGAAACGUGGCGUGUAUUAUUUAGGGAGUGUUUAGGUGGACGUGGAGCUCAGUAUUGUGAUGAGGUUGCACCUCUCUUAGUUGCAGUGGAUCAGGGGGUAAAGCCAUCCCUUUUAUGGGAUGUGUGUACUGCAGAUACCUCAGCAUUGCUUGCCCUUCUCAACCAAGCUCAAUCAAAGAGCUUGUUAGUUUCCAAGCUUGUUUUGGUUGAAUUAGGUCUCGAUGUGUUUAUUGUGAAUGUUGCUGCUGUUAUCCGUACCCUCAGUGGCAUCACAGGCAGUACUCCAACUUGGUUAAUUGAUAUAAGCAGUGCUACACCUAAAGUUGCCAGUAAUGAAAAUCACCAGGAGCUCCGUACACAUCUUAAUUCCAUCAUUGCCCAGCUAGGUAAUGCUACUGCAGAUGAUGAAGAAAAUUCACCAUUAGGCUCUGUGGGUACUCACCCCCAAAAUGGAGUUGAUGGUGCCUCUCACUCUAAUCGUGCAGGUACAGCUGGCAAUGGUGGAGUAAUUAAAGCAGUACAAAUAAAGUUGCCUGAUGAUCUUAACCUAAGCACUAUAUUUGGCUGUAUGAUUGGAUAUCCUCAUAUAUACUGGUGGGAGGGUGAGUCUGGUGGUAAUAGCCUUUCCGGUAUGCCCCUUAAGGUAUUCAAACUUAGUGCUAAUUGUUCAUUUGAUGGAACUGUUGUCGAAUUGUAUUCCUUCAGCAUCCCGGAAGCCCUGGAGGGAGACUUACGGCCAGGUAUUGAACAUUGGGGGAACGUUGUCAAUGUAAGGAUUGAGCAGGCUGGCAGCUUUUCAAAUGCUAAAUUCAGAUGUGAUUCAGUCCUCUGUCUUUCUGUAGCUUUAUAAAAUGUUUUGAGUAAUAUGCUUAUCAAUUAACAUGUAUUGGCACAGUACUGAACAGCUUACUUCAGAUCUUAUGUUUCUUGGUGCAGGAAAAAUAACAUUCAAGUACUGUACUUGAAACUUAUGGAGUGUAUCAUUUGCCAUUCUAAUCCACAGUUAUGUGAUAUUGCAGGUUUGAAUAUCUAGAAUACAGUAUAGGGGCAAUUAUAGUUCUUAUGUCGGUGGGAGUAAAGUGCCUGGUUCUGAUACCUCUUGGCAUUGGUUGCCCCUCAUGUAACAAGGAUGGCCGGCCCAAGGGCCACCUAGGGAUGAAUUUGUUUAAGGUGUAGAAGCUGUCUCCAACAACAAUCACAC